CUCUCCUCUGUCAGUGUGUGUGUAUACCUCUUUAAUGAUCUCACCCAGUCUAUGACUUUCAGCCCUCAGCCCUCUCAGAUUCAAUGUCAGGACCAGACUUGUCCCUAGACUCUGGACCCCACCUGUGGACAUUCACAUUUCCAGAGAGCUCCGUUAGGACGUCUUCAGGACACACAUGUACCCACACACAGGAAGUAGGUGUCAUUGUCACCAUCGGGGUGACAUCCGUCCUAGACGCCUCUCUGCUCCUCUACUGUUCCGAGGACUUCCCUGGACCACAGUUUUGGCCAGAUCCCUUCAGCUCCCAGCCCAGCAUGGUGCCCCCAGGCUGCCUCCUGUUCCUGCUUCUGCUCCCAGUGGCUGCAACUCAGACGUCAGCAGGUUCCUGCUCCGGAUGUGGGCCUCUGUCCCUGCCACUCCUGGCAGGCCUGGUGGCUGCAGAUGCGGUCAUGUCACUCCUAAUUGUGGGGGUGGUGUUUGUAUGUAUGCGCCCACACAGCAGGCCUGCCCAAGAUGGUAGAGUCUACAUCAACAUGCCUGGCAGAGGCUGACAGCGGCGGGCACCACCUUCCACUUUCGUCUUCUGACCUGCUCAUCCUGGAGGAGUCGGGGUGCGGGUGGGGUGCAUGGGGACUGGGGACGCACUUCUUCGGACUGGAAUAAAGCGAUUAAAAUACCUCUA